AAUGCUUUACACACUCAAUAUGUACACGCACUGAAGAAAACUUUUAGUUAAGAAAAUGUUGCCUUAUCAGAAUAUUGAAGAAGCAGAAGAAGCCCUUAGCAGGGCUCUAAGUUUAGCAGAGAAGCUAUGGUUCAAAUACUCAGCUCAAAAACCUGAUCACAUCCUCCAUUACCAUAACAUUAUCUUCCUUAUGUUGUUUUACACCUUGGCUCCGCUGCCAUACGUGUUCAUCGUCCUCGGCGGGUUCAAGAACAUCCACAAGUACAAAAUUCAGCCAAAAGUGAAGGACUCCCCUUCCAACAUGUUCAAGUGCUACAAAGAUGUCAUGCAAACCUUCCUUCUUGUUGUUGGUCCUCUGCAAGUGAUUUCAUACUCCACAGUCCAGUGGUUAGGGAUACGGACGAGUCUGCCAUUGCCGUCCUUCUCACAAGUAUUUCUGCAAAUUGUGGUGUAUUUCGUUGUAGAGGAUUUUUCAAAUUAUUGGAUCCAUCGGUUGCUCCACUGUAAAUGGGCCUACGAGAAGAUCCACCGGGUCCACCAUGAAUAUACUGCUCCCAUUGGGCUUGCAGCACCAUAUGCUCAUUGGGCCGAGAUUUUGAUUCUAGGCCUUCCAUCAUUCCUCGGCCCAACUUUGGUUCCCUGUCACAUUACCACCUACUGGUUGUGGUUCGUUUUGCGGCAGUUGGAAGCAAUCGAAACUCAUAGCGGGUACAUGUUCCCUUGGAGUCCCACAAAAUAUAUCCCAUUUUAUGGAGGUGCAGAGUACCAUGACUACCAUCACUAUGUCGGAAAACUUAGCAAAGGCAACUUUGCAUCAAUUUUCACCUACUGUGAUUACAUCUACGGGACCCACAAGGGAUACCGGUUGCACAAACAACUACUUGAGAAGGGAAAACUGUAAAAGCCACUGUGUAUCACAGUCAGUGUUUAAAAUAUUGGUAUCGGUGAAAAUAUCGAUAUGCAAAUUUGUGGAAAUAUUGACGAAUAUCGAAUAACGAUAUUGCUAUGACCCAUUCUUUAAAAUAUUGUAUUUUAUUUCCGAAACAUGUAAAAUGGCUAUUUUGUUCUUGA